UGGAACCUGAAACAAUCUUCCUAAUUCAUGGGCUAGCCAGAGUCGUCCUCAACGUCAAGAGACACCGCCCGCGCGCGUCGUGCGCCCAGCGCGCGCUGAAGCCAAGCGCGCUGAUCGGGCCCAUGGACGCUGUCGUGCUGGUCAUGGGGACGCUGAUCUUCUUGGGGCUACACCUCUGCUUGACCGAGACAGAUUUUGUAGACUUCAUGCAAUGGUUCAGCACGAUCAUGAAACAGCAGGUGGAUCCUGCCAAGGAAGCGCGGGUGCAGGAGGAGAUGAUGAAGGUUCGCAAGAGAAACUACAAAUUGUUUAGCCGGUGCUUAUGUCAGCUCGAUUUGGUGAUUGGCCUUUUCAGCUUCUACGAAGCGUGUACUGCGCCCGGGUUGGACACCAUUACUUGGGCCGGCAUUUUCCUGGUGGCCUAUGUGCAGCAUUUGAUGGUGGGUAAGGAGAUGGUCGAUUUAAGCCCUCAGCUGAUGAAGAUCGUGGCCUACAAAGCACACAUCUUGGUGCUGCUUUUUAUCAUUGCAACCGCUUGGACGGGACAUCAUGAUCAUGGCUUGAAGUUUUCUUUGAUGCAGGGCUUUCAGAUGGCCUUGCGCUUCUGUGUGUCGCUGUGCUUCUUCGAUCCUUGGGUAUCGAUCCCCUUCAAUUUCAUCUACUUCGUAGCUGACAUGUUCAUCUACCUCUUCGUGGUGGACCAGGAGAACAGCAGCAUGCCUCGGAUGGGCUUCAUUUUUUGCAGCCAAGUCUUCAUUUUGGUUGAAAUCAUUGCCAGCUCGAUUUCCAUAAACCUGGCGCUGCGCAGUCGCACCGAUGCGAGCCUUGAAAACUCCGAUGCCGAGUCCUUGGUCUCGGGCUUCCGCAGGGUUCUUCGGGGCGUUUGUGAUGGUGAAGUCCUCUUGGACAACCGCAUGGAGGUGGCGCAAGAGAGUGAGUGCUUGCAACACUUGAUUCGGACCGAUGAGAAGCUCGCUGGCCGAUCUUUUAAAGAGCUCUUGGUGGAGGACGAGAGGCCUCGCUUCGCCGACUUCAUCGCGUCGUCCACCCGUGCCUUCAGGAUGCCGGAGGGCGAACCCACGCCGCCCUGCUGCCUGCGCAUGUCCUUCGGCUCUGGGGCAUCGGCGACGGCGUCAGGCGGAGUGGCAGGCGUUGCGGCAGAUAUUUACCAUGUGCCGGUUCCAGGGCUCUUCGGGGCGCAGGAGCCAUACCACUUGAUUGCUUUCAAGGAGGAUCCUGAAUCCCGGCCACAACCGGAUGCAGACGAGGAUUCCCUGCCGAUGGAGUUGGUCAACACCUGGCCUAAGACGGGAGAUGUGGCUUCGUUGGGCUCUGAAAGUACUGGAAGAAGCGAAAGUGGCGAAGGUCGGAGGAUUUGUUCUGAGCUGCGAGAGAUGACGCUGUUGGUGGACACGCAAAGCGAACUCCAAGAUGUGAAGGAAGCACAUUUGAGGUUUGAACGCGACGCCUUUCAGCCAGGUGAUGUUGCUUCGGCGCUCCAAUCUGGUAUGCCCAGCUUGCGAAAGUUGGUGAAGAUUACCGAGUGGGAGAAGGUGCGGGUCAGCACCGUGAAGUUUGCCCAGCAUGCCAUGCUGGAUCCCGAACUUCAACCGCGAGUGAUGAAGCAGCUGACCCUGCAGCUCCCGGGCUGUCGUCGUGUCACUGCCGAAGAGGCUUCCUUGAAGCGCUGCCAGCAGGCUGGCUUGGUCUGGCUGCACCUCACAGGGCUUCACCCGCAGAAGCUGCUGAAGAGAUCUGAGCGAAGUCCUGGUGAUGGCCUGCAGGAGGGCCUUACACGCCGGAGAGGGAGAUGACUAUAAUUUUUUGGCUGAGUGCUUCGGCUUCGGAUGAGCGCAUCGCGGGUGUGAGGACUCCAUGGUCAAAAUUGACCCCGGUCUGAGAGGAGUCUUCCACCCAUGAUUCGAUCCAUCUGACUCUUUCCCUCUGAGGAUCGCAUUUGACUCUUCACGUUUCACUGCCUUUUUUUGGACCCAUGUUCCAGGCGAGCAAAUCCAGCGAACAAAA